ACAAACAUGUUUACACCAGUAGUACAUGUUCAGUUGUUUAUCUCUGUAUCUGUUUUAUUAUAUUGCUUCACAUUUGAGAUAUGCAUGUAUGUCAACUUAUAUUUGAUUUGAUGCCUCCUGCACGCACAAACAUACUUUGUACACUUCUGUAACUUAGAUGUCAUGCUUUUCUCUUCCAGUGUUAUCUAAUGUCAGUGUUACCUCUCAGGAAGUGCCAAAUGAAGUGCUGCAAGUGGGAAAUUCCUUGAGAACUCUGGAUUUGACAAACAACAAACUAGUUGAGAUUCCCCAGGAUGUUGGCAGACUUGUGAAUAUGCAAAGACUUGUUUUGGCUGCUAAUUUGAUUGAAAUCAUUCCAGCUAUCUUUGGACACCUGCGGAAUCUUAAAAUCCUCACCCUUGACAGAAAUAGGAUCUCUAUGUUGCCUGAAGAAUUGGGUUCUUUGUCAAACCUUCAGCAACUUUCUAUUUCUCAGAAUUCUUUACUGUGCCUGCCUAAGAGUGUAGGAGAUUUGCGCAAUAUGUCAAUACUCAAUGUAUUUGAUAACAAAUUAAAGGAACUUCCGGAAUCAAUUGGAGGUUGCAAUUCCCUGGAAGAAUUGCGGGCAAAUGGUAAUUCAAUUGAAGACAUGCCCUCGUCAAUUUGCAACCUUGUGUGCCUUAAAUCCUUAUCACUGAAUGGAAACAAAAUUCGUCAGCUUCCGCAAAACUUACUGAAAGACUGCACGGCUCUUCAGAGUAUAUCGCUGCAUGACAACCCAAUCACAAUGGACCAGUUCCAACAAAUGGCUGGAUUCAACGAGUUUGAGGCGCGCAGACGGAAGAAAUUUGAUAAGCAGAUCGAUUCGCGUGUCAUGCUGGGCUCCACGGUCCUGGAUGAAGGGGUUGAUUUCCACUGAUUGUAGAGCGAGCUCAAGUGGCUUCCAUUUUUUUCUAAUUGGUCAGGGGCAAUUGUAGAUUUGUACACAUCAAUCUCUUUUCCCGUAAGGAAAAACAGCAAACGCACAUAAAUGAGCCAAAAUUCCUGAUUUUUGCUUGAACAUUUGCAGUAAGAGAGCUUGCACAUAUUAUGUUCCUAUAUGGAAACAUAUUGAUUGCAUUU